GUCUGGUUUAAAAACAGGCGGGCAAAGUGUCGCCAGCAGCAGCAACAGCAGCAGAACGGAGGACAGAACAAGGUCCGACCUCCCAAAAAGAAAAGUUCCCCCAGCAGAGAGGUGAGCUCUGAGAGCGGGGCCAGCGGCCAGUUUACGCCCCCCACCAGCACCACCACGGUCCCCGCCAUCUCCACCAGCACCGCCCCGGUGUCCAUAUGGAGUCCGGCAUCCAUCUCGCCCCUCUCAGACCCCCUGUCUACCUCCUCCUCGUGCAUGCAGAGGUCCUACCCCAUGACCUACACCCAGGCAUCGGGCUACAGCCAGGGCUACGCCGGAUCCACGUCUUACUUCGGGGGCAUGGACUGCGGCUCUUACCUCACCCCCAUGCACCACCAGCUGUCGGGCCCGGGCUCGACACUCAGUCCGAUGAGCACGAACGCGGUCACGAGCCAUCUGAACCAGUCCCCGGCGUCCCUGUCCACCCAGGGCUACGGAGCGUCCGGCCUGGGCUUCAACUCCACGGCGGACUGCUUGGAUUAUAAGGACCAAGCUGCGUCCUGGAAGCUGAACUUCAAUGCCGAUUGCUUGGAUUAUAAGGAUCAAACGUCCUCGUGGAAAUUCCAGGUCCUGUGAACAGAACCAGCGCACAAAUAAAAGAAAGAAAACAUGAGACGCAGACCCCUUCCUCCCUUCAACAAAAAACUAAAACCGGACUUUGAGCGCACGGAGAGGCCAGGGCACCAGGGGGGUGGCCUCGAGUUUUCUGUCCUCCUAAAGGAGAUGUUUAAUUUAUUUUAGCACUGGCAAAUAGAUUUUUUUUCCACCUUCUUUCAACCUCAUCCACGUCGGUGCGUGUCUCCGUGCGUAAAAAAAAAAAGAAGAAGAAUAAGAAACACCUGUUGCAGGACUGAGACAGCACAGCCACGGAAACUGUCCCUGCCUGGACACGAGGACACGCUGUGUGGGACACGGAUGCACUACUUUAUUUAAGGAACAAACUAACAAAAAAAAGUGUUUAUAACGAAUCAAUAUGUAGUUUCUAAAAAAAGACAAUCAGUGUGAGACUUAAAUAAAUAUGUGUUUUUUAUUAUUAUUA